AUGCCUCGUCCGAAGCGCACAAAAGUCGCGCCGUCUGCACCUGCCCCGCGUCCUAGAAACUCUCGGCGUAGUGGCUCUCGUGCGCCUGGGCUAGCAUUCGAUGAUUUAUACGAUAUCAGCGAUCCGGAAUGUGUCGCAGCGACGGGUGUGGGGAAUAUCAAGAGAAAUGGCCAGGGAACUACUAGAGGAAACCCGCAAAGAGGCGCGACGCAGCUGGACGCGCAAGAGUUCGCACAGAAUGAAGCCAGCAGCGGCGCGAGGAAUAUCGAGGAAUCAACUCACACAACACCCGACGCCCAAAGAGUCAAGAAUAAUGCUGAAAUGUAUGCGGAUGAAUCAAGUCUUGAACUUGAGGUCAGCAGGAGGGAGCUGGCUCCUGGAACUGGGACAUUCAGAAGAACGCGACAUUCGAGCUUUCUCAGCCACGCAGCUGGUCGGGGACGAUCUAAUAGCGUGGAAUCGAACCUAGAGGAUAAUGGCCUCACGAGCAUUGGGGGGAAGAAUUCAUCUGGCCUAACAACAGGCUACCGUGGAAGGCGAUCUCGACAGGGAAGUGUAACUGGGAGGAAUCCCUAUGGCAUGGCAUCCAGCAGUAUGGGGACACCAGCACACGCUGGAUCAGCAUUGAAGCUUGGGAAUUUCAGGAGAAGAGCUAGAGAACCAAGUAUACUUGGGACAGCCCGGAAAGAGCGACAACCCCAGCCAGAUUCUGAUUUGGAUGAUGAGGAAGAUUUCAACCCCGAUGAUGAGUCGACGCCAUUAAAUCUGUCUAAAACAAAACCCGUGACAAGCUCCCCGAGUAUGUCAGGGUCCAAUCCAAGGAAGCGCAAAUUAUCAGCAGUCCAAGUUCCAGCAUCUUGUCCAACCUCACAAUCUCCUGGAGAUAAUCAGGGGGCGGAGAUGGUUCCAACAAGCGGAUCUUUGAGUGACGAUGAAGAGGAGUCUGGGAAUCGAGUACCAUCCUCGUUCCAGGAAUCCCCUAUCCCAUCAGUCGAGGCCCGACCAGUCACACCGGAACUCAUGAGCCCCACGAUGGCACCUCCUCAAAGUACCGAUGCUUCUUCGAGCCCGGAACUCCCGUCUUCUAUACGGCGACCUGUCUCCCGUGGUCGAAGACCCCUCCGUGGUAGGACCCCAGCGCCUAUGACACAAGAUUCGCCAAUAUCCUCACCACCGUCGCUCACACACUCCCCGAAUCGCGCUUAUGUAAAGCCCAAAACAACAAAAGCAAAGAAACAGGCUCCACCCCCUAGCACUUAUUCCACAGCCCAAUUACAAGCGCUCCUACCGCGCAGACGGCGCCAUGCAACUCGCGAUCCAUUUGAUAUCCCCAGCUCAGGAGAUGAGGUUGAUACGUCCGGCCUUGCUUCAGAUGAUGAUGAGCUUUCUCAUUUAAAUGUUCGUGCAAGGAGCCGACGGGGCGUUCUAUCGAAAACACUAGGGCGGGGUAGUAAAAAGGCACCCAAGAGAAAACCCGCGCCUAAGCCAACGUCUAAAUCCAUAAGGCGCACCUAUGGCUCACGUGCCAAUGUCACGUCGGACAAGGAGAAUGAAGGAUAUGACCCUGAUGAUAGCUUAGCGCCAUUGCCAGCAGAUGAAAACGGAAGCCCAGAAAAUAGCCAGGAGCUGGAGGCAAGAAUUGGCAAGGAACUAAAGUCGGCGACGAGGAAGUUUGAGGAGGUUGAUAAGUGGGAGCUGGAGUUUGAGGAUGUUACAGCUAGCGGUAGUUCACCAAAGAAUGCCAGAUAA